CAUGGGAGCGGACAGGACAUCCAGUGCCCCAUUGGCUACUUCCCCUGCGGCAAUAUCAGCAAGUGCUUGCCUCAGUUUCUUCAGUGCAACAGUGUGGACGACUGUGGGAAUCAGGCCGAUGAGGACAACUGCGGAGACAACAAUGGAUGGGCUUUGCAACUGGAAAAAUAUUUGGCUGGUUCCUACAAAAUGACUCCCCCGUAUCCCUUUGAGACAGAAGCAUCUGAAUGCCUGCUUGGUUCUGUGCCCACGCAAUGUUUUUGCCGAGGUCUAGAGCUUCACUGUGAUGAAACCAAUUUACAAGCUGUUCCAUCAGUUUCUUCAAAUGUGACUGUAAUGUCACUUCAGUGGAACUUAAUAAGAAAACUUCCUCCUGAUGGCUUUAAAAAGUACCAUGAUCUUCAGAAGCUUUUCCUGCAAAACAAUAAGAUUAGAUCCAUAUCUAUCUCUGCUUUCAGAGGACUGCACAGCCUCACUAAACUGUAUCUCAGUCAUAACAGAAUAACCUUCCUGAAGCCGGGUGUUUUUGAAGAUCUCCACAGACUAAAAUGGCUGGUAAUUGAAGAUAAUCACCUCAGUCGAAUUUUCCCAAUAACGUUUUAUGGACUAAAUUCUCUUAUUCUCUUAGUGCUGCUGAAUAAUGUCCUCACCCAUCUGCCUGAUAAACCUCUUUGUCAGUACAUGCCAGAACUACUUUGGCUGUAAGUUAUUAACUCAAUUAUCCAUACAUUAAAACCUUUAACAUAAUUCUUUCAAAGCAAUAACAAAACUGUACUGGUCCUGAGGAAAAACAAAAUUAAUCACUUAAAUGAAAAUUCUUUUGCACCUCUCCAAAAACUAAAUGAAUUGGAUUUAGGAAGUAACAAGAUUGAAAAUCUUCCACCAAAUGUAUUUAAGGAUCUGAAGGAGCUGUCACAAUUGAAUCUUUCCUAUAACCCAAUCCAGAAAAUUCAAGCAAACCAAUUUGAUUAUCUUGUCAAACUCAAGUCUCUCAGCCUAGAAGGAAUUGAGAUUUCAAAUAUCCAGCAAAGGAUGUUUAGCCCUCUCAUGAAUCUCUCUCACAUAUAUUUUAAGAAAUUCCAGUACUGUGGUUAUGCACCACAUGUUCGCAGCUGUAAACCAAACACCGAUGGAAUUUCAUCUCUAGAGAAUCUCUUGGCAAGCAUUAUUCAGAGAAUAUUUGUCUGGGUUGUAUCCGCAGUUACCUGCUUUGGAAACAUUUUCGUCAUUUGUACAAGACCUUAUAUCAGGUCUGAGAACAAGCUGCAUGCCAUGUCAAUCAUUUCUCUCUGCUGUGCUGACUGCCUAAUGGGUAUAUAUUUAUUUUUGAUUGGCGCCUUUGACCUAAAGUUUCGUGGAGAAUACAAUAAGCAUGCACAGCUAUGGAUGGACAGUACUCAUUGUCACUUUGUGGGAUCUUUGGCCAUUCUGUCCACAGAAGUAUCAGUUUUACUUUUAACAUUCCUGACACUGGAAAAAUACAUCUGCAUUGUAUAUCCUUUUAGAUAUUUAAGACCUAGAAAAUGCAGAACAAUUACAUUUUUGACUAUCAUUUGGAUUACUGGGUUUAUAGUGGCUUUUAUUCCAUUGAGCAAUAAGGAAUUUUUCAAAAAUUAUUAUGGCACCAAUGGAGUAUGUUUCCCUCUUCAUUCAGAAGAUAAAGAAAGUACUGGAGCCCAGAUUUAUUCAGUGGCAAUUUUUCUUGGUAUCAACUUGGCAGCAUUUGUCAUCAUAGUUUUUUCCUAUGGAAGCAUGUUUUACAGUGUUCAUCAAAGUGCCAUAUCAACGGCUGAAAUACGGAGUCAAGUUAAAAAAGAAAUGAUUCUUGCCAAACGUUUUUUCUUUAUUGUAUUUACUGAUGCAUUGUGCUGGAUCCCCAUUUUUGUACUGAAAUUUCUUUCACUGCUUCAGGUAGAAAUACCAGGCACCAUAACCUCUUGGGUAGUGAUUUUUAUUCUGCCUAUUAACAGUGCUUUGAACCCAAUUCUCUAUACUCUGACCACAAGACCAUUCAAAGAAAUGAUCCAUCAGUUUUGGUAUGAACAUAGACAAAGAAGAUCUAUUGAUAGCAAAGGAAGUCAAAAAACAUAUGCUCCAUCGUUCACCUGGGCAGAAAUGUGGCCACCGCAGGAAAUGUCACUUGAGUUAAUGAAACCGGAUGUUUUCACAGACCCCUGUGAAAUGUCACUAAUUUCUCAAUCAUCUAGACUCAAUUCUUAUUCAUAACUGAUGCUGAAACCCAUUUCUUCGCAGGGAAUACUGUGGGGUGCUUCAGGAGGGAUUUACUGGUGUGAAAUGAAUACCACAAAAUAGAUAAUUUAUAAUAAUGGCUAAGAUAAAUUAGCUUAUAAGGACAUGACGAAAACUAAGUGACUAAUGUUCAUAUAAAGGGAAGUAAUUACAUCAAUAAGGUGUACAUUUUAGUACAUAUUUUGCAUAGGAAGUUAAGAGAAAUCUCCUAACAUGCAUUUACUGAGUACCCACUAUGCACAUAGCACUGAGUUAAAUUCCUGGAAGUAGACAGUAGAAAACCUUUCUAAUCUGUAAAUUGUGUUUAACUACAAAGACAAAGUCCAUCUGCAGCUUCUAGGUUAAAGUAGAGCUUUACCUAUCAUGCAUGCUAGCAAACAUAAGAAUCAUAGGCACUUUUAAUACAGGUUUAAGGUUUUGAAGUAUUCAGUAUAAACAGCAUCAGAGAAAAUGUCUGACUGCGAAAUAUAGAUAUUCUGUUUUAAGAAUC